UAGUGAAGGUGGACAUGGAGAUGGUUGGUGUGAAAGUAGAUGGAGGCAGAUGAUCCGCUGUGGCGACCCCUAAAGGGAGCAGCUUAAAGAAGAAGAAGAAGAAGAAGAAACGUCCUGAUGAAAGCACCCACAAACACCUGCGAUCCAGGCGCCCCGAGGGAGGGACCACGUGACGCGGGGUGUGUGGGUAAUGUAGUUGGUAGGCAGGGCUGCUCAGGGGACGCAGGAAGAAGCUCCUUAACUGUACACAGGUUUCUCCACAUGCAUACAGGAGGUUUACAUUUAGGCGUUUCGAAGUGACUUCAGCUCCUCAGGCGCAGCUUUUAAGAGAGCAGAGGCUCGUGUCGCUGACUGGAGUGUGGCGGAGGAGACCGAGGAGGAGCAGCCAGGAGUUGAGAGCCGGCAGACGGGCAGGUCACACAGGAGCAGCUCACCAUGAAUUUCCUCUUGGAGACGCUUUCUCUGAUUGUAUUUUCCGUCUACUACCUCAUGGAAGCUUUUGUAAAGAUCUUCGUACCAAUCAGGAAAAGUGUGGCCGGUGAGACGGUGCUCAUCACAGGGGCGGGCAGCGGUGUCGGCCGGCAUUUGGCAGUGGAGUUCGCCAGCAUGAACGUCACCCUGGUGCUGUGGGACCUUAAUUUGGAGGGUCUGAAGGAAACUGUCCGCAUGGCAAAGGAAAAGGGGGCUACGAAGGUGCACUAUUACCAGGUCGACUGCAGUGACAGGGCUCAAGUGUACGGAGUGGCAGAUCAGGUCAAACAGGGAGUUGGAGAUGUCAGCAUUCUCAUAAACAAUGCUGGCAUUGUCAGUGGCAAGAAGUUCAUGGAUUCUUCUGAUGUUCUUGUUGAGAAGACUCUCCAAGUUAACACAAUGGCACAUUUCUGGACGUAUAAGGCAUUCCUUCCAGCGAUGACUGAGAAAAACCAUGGGCAUCUGGUUUGUGUCGCCAGUUCCGCAGGCCUGAUAGGUGUGAAUGGUCUGGCAGAUUACUGUUCCAGCAAGUUUGCUGCGGUGGGCUUUGCUGAGUCAGUGGCCCUGGAGCUCAUAGGCGUGGGAAAGGAUGGCAUCAAAACCACGAUAGUGUGUCCGUACUUAAUCACCACGGGCAUGUUUGAUGGCUGUAGUACAAAGUGGCCCCGUUUGCUUCCCAUCCUACAGCCGGAGUAUGUUGCGAAGAAGAUUGUGAAUGCCAUCCUCACGGACCAAACCUACCUUUACAUGCCACGGGCCUUGUAUAUAAUAAUGCUUGUGAAAAGCCUGGUGCCGUUUAAGGAGGCAGUGGUCUUGGGAAUGUACUUCGGAGCCUUUAACUUCAUGGAUACUUUUAAAGGAAGACAGAAGAAAGAGGAUUAAGCCAUAAACCAGCAUCUUUCAGUCCAAUCCAUACCUGCUUUGUCUGUGUCAUAUGGUCAAUUAACAAUAAGACAAUUUCCACACAUUUCUGUGUGCUUAGAAAGAACCUCGAUAGAACCUUUUUAAUGGAAGCCAGUGAGGAUUUGAAUUCAUAUAGAUGCAGCACAUAGACAUGUGGUUGGUGUAGUGUAGUGGUUAACAACUCCGCCUUCUACGCUGUAGACUAAGGUUCAAUCCCCCACCUGGGUAAGCACCCUACACUAUACCAAUAAGAGUCCUUGGGCAAGACUCCUAACACCACCUUCGCCUACUUGUGUAAAAUGAUCAAAUUGUAAGUUGCUCUGGAUAAGAGCGUCAGCCGAAUGACAUAAAUGUAAAUUAGGUUAAACAGUGCUGGAUUAUUCCUUUGUACAAUUGUAAUUUCAACAACACUUAAUUUCUACUUUUAUUAUAAUGAGUAAAUUUAACCUAUUACGUUUAAUGGACCAAAUCAUACAGCAAGACUAGCAGACCUGAUUUUACUGUUUUAGUGCAGCCUAUUAUUUUGCAAGCAGUGCUCGCAUAUACAGUAGACAUAUAUAGUAUAGCAGAGUACUGUUCAGAAGUUCAUUUACUGUUCAUUUUCAGUCGUCAGCCAUUAAGUACAAGAUAUUCAUUUUCAGGACAUAUUCCUGAGGAAAUUGGAUAUAAAAUAAUCCACUCACAUAAAAAAGAAGAAGAAAGCCAAAGACAAAAAUAGGAGUUUGCAAAACUUAAAAAACUGACUAAAAGCUACAGAGAAAAUGGGACUCCUUAAAAACCACCUGGAAGACCUGGUAGACACCAAAACUGUCCCCAUCAGAUAAACAGCACUUAAAGCUUUCAUCUUUGAGAGAGAGGAGAAAAUCAAGCUGCUUCCGAUCUGAAACUGAUAUCUUAUUGUGCUGUAAAAAACUUGUGAGCAGAGAAGUUUCAUUUUCAGAUUUCUUUCUUCAAUAAUUUCUGAACGAUGGGUGAAAAAAAGGUUAUCAUGUGUAAAUAAUCAUUGGCAGCAAUGAAGAAAACAAGCUUCUAUUUCAUUUAUGUCUGAAAUUGAGGUAGAACACGUUUAUUUCUAUGGCUUUGCGAGUGGCAAUCAUUGGGGUCCAAGCACCCUGCACAAUGGACCCAACGAGGCCUUAUAGCAGAAAGAACUUUUAAAAAAGGCCACUAUUUAUAAUAGAUCUGCAAUCUCAAAAGAUGAUGUCUGCCACAUUUCAUACACACUGACUUUUUGACAUUGAUAUGGUAAGCAACAGAUUUUUUAAACAAAUAAAAAACAUGGAGAAAAGCACACCAUGUUUGGAUAUAUUUGGAUAGUUAUUGAACUCAGUUAACUAAAUAAUUCCAAAACAGUUACACACGCAUUUUAUGUCUUAGAAUGCACCAGAAUUUUGUGUUGAAGUCACUAAAUUUUAAUUGACGCUGGAUGCCUGCAGCAGAAAAUGAAUCUUAAUCUUAAUCUUAAGAAUGAAUUUCAGAAGUGUAGAAAAAUGGCCCUGCAGAUUUCUUUGAGAAACUGAAAGUGAGUCUCCUGAAAAGAAUGGAAGCUGUAAUAAAGGUAAAGAGUGACAAACUGAACACUGAAACAUCCUUUAUUAGGCUGUUGAAGCUUCUGAGCAAUUUUCUGUUGAAUACAUCUUUACUGUAUUUUUUUCCUGACACUGAAAAAUUCAUGGCUUGUACUUAAUAGCUGUUUUGACUAGAAUUAAAUUAAAGGGUGCACACUCAGGAAAUGUGUAAGUCAGAGAAACUGGUUCUCUCUCUUAGCAUGCCUUAGGAUUGGGUAAUUUCUCUGUAGUAAUGCACAGCUGCCCUGGGGCUGUGUGUUCGUCAUGGUAAAAAAGUGCUGCUGAGUCAAAGAAAUACCUCAGAAUACGUGUUUAUAAUGUUUUUUAAAUAAGUAAUAUGCCAUUUUAGCCCAUGCUAGUCUGAUUGGAUGUGUUUUAUUCAUCCAUUAAUGAUUAAUGAUUAACAACUGGUGAUUCAACUGCACUGAUUUUGGAAUGUUAGAUUUCAUUAUAAUAAAGUAGUAAAGUAAGCAAUAAUAAAUGAUAUGCUAGUUUUUUGGCCAAAAUAAACUUCUUGGAAUAUUUACCAAGAGAAAAAAAAAUCAGUACAUUGUUUUUAUUGUCUUUAUUCCACUCCUGUGCUAAGAGCUCCUCUGGUCACAUUUGUAAACUAAAUGUAUUUUAAAGGGGAAUUACCAAUUACCAAUUUUUAUAAUUUUGCUGUAUAACAGCAGUGUUUUUAGACAUAAACAAAGUAAUUCAGAGUGGUUUGGUGUGAAAUAGUAAAUAAAAUGCCUAUGU